AUUCCUUUGCACAAACUGAACUAGAUAUAUCUCCAUCUCGGCACUGCAUAUCGGCCACUCAUGGCUCUGGCGAAACGUGAGCGCAGUGCUAGAACUGUGACUAAUAGUAAAAUAGGACAGUGUGCAAAAGGACUAAAGAACAUCCAUUCGGCUCAAAAAGCCAAUAGAUCUGAUGGCGACAACACAGCUGUUAACAUCAUAGAUGGGUACCACUCUAGUAGCCCCGGAUCCCGCCAUGGUAGGCAAGGAUUUAUCAUCAGUUACCCACCUGCGAAAUACCACCGCCUAGCACAUCGAGCCAUGACCGGUGCGCAGAAACAUGCAAAGCAGCAAAACCUAUACGAACAAGUUUAUUUUAUCAUCAUCACACGUGAUAACAACAAGCCAGACGCAUACGGCACAGCCUCCACCACGCCUGCCCGACACGAUGGACAGAUUUACCCCGCUCGGCACGUGAUUUUACCUCAACUCAACAACCGCUGGACAUGACUGGAG